AUGAGGGCUCUUCUACUGCUUCUUUUCGUCACCUUUUCAUUCGAAUUCGUCCCCUUUGCAGUGUCAUCAAGAAUGCUCCCCUCUUCUUCUUCUUCUUCAGAUAAUGCAGUAGUGGUGGACUUCAAAGGCGGCCAGCUCAAACUCGGAGAACCCUACUACGUGCUCUCCGCCGCGUCCCCGCAGCCGGCCGAAGGACUAUGCCUAGAUGACAUCAAAUCCAAUGAAACUUCUACGGAUUGCCCCCACAACGUGGUCCAGUGCACCAUGUUCUACAAAUCCUUCCUCGGCAUGCCCGUCAUCUUUUCGUCUCCCGACAACACCACUACCAGCACCACCAACACCACCAGCAACUCGACCACAGACGAGGGCCUGGUCAAGGAAAACACUUCUUACAAAAUCCAGUUUUCCGGUGUCACGGGAUCAUGUGCCAAAGAAACCGUUUGGGGUUUAACGUUCGAACACGACACCACCUGCGAAUUCGUCACAACAGAUCCAGCGGCUCCCCCCGUGGAAUUCCAGCUAAAGAAACAAGGCUCCGGAUAUGCCAUCGUUUAUUGCGAAAUAAUCCCACUACCUCGUAUUCCCGUUUGCUUUAGCGUCGGGUUCCACCAGUUUGGUACGUACUACAGCCGUUUGGUUGUGGGUCUGGAUAUUGAAGCGGUAGAGUUUUUCUUCGUCAAAAAAACUACUAAUGUCACCGCGCUCCCCCAUGCCUCUUCCUAG